AUGGCGGCGGCGCGAGCGCUGUGGCGGCCCGUCCUGCCCGCCCUGCCCGUCCCGCGGGGCGGCGGCCGGCUCUGGGCGCAGCCGGGGCGCGCGGCCGCCGCCGCCGCCCCCCCUCCCGGCGGCGCCUCGCCGGGCGCGCGGAGCCCCUUCGACCGGCGGCUGAAGCGGAAGCAGAAGAACUGGGCGGCGCUGCGGCCGCGGCCGGCCGAGUGCGAGUACCUGCGGGACGAGGUCGGCGGCGGCGUGGCGGACCGAGUGCUCGACAUCCCCAGGACGUUCCCUCUGGCUUUGGACCUCGGCUCCGGGAGAGGUCACAUCGCUCGGCACCUGAGCCGGGAGGUCAUUGAAAAGCUCGUCCGGGUCGAUAUUGCCGAGAACGUCUUCAAAGGCACCGUGGAGUCCGAAAUCCCUACGGUCAGCGUGGUCGCUGAUGAGGAGUUCCUGCCUUUCAAAGAAGACACGUUUGAUCUUGUUGUGAGCAGCUUGAGUUUACACUGGGUGAAUGACCUUCCAAAAGCUUUUAGAGAGAUACACCAAGUUCUUAAGCCAGAUGGAGUCUUCAUUGGUGCAAUGUUUGGGGGAGACACUCUGUAUGAGCUUCGCUGCUCUUUGCAGCUAGCAGAAUUGGAGAGAGAAGGGGGAUUUUCUCCUCAUGUGUCACCCUUUGUUGCUGUGUCAGAUUUGGGACAUCUCCUGUCAAGAGCUGGGUUUAACACGCUGACUGUGGAUACUGAUGAAAUUCAAGUAAACUAUCCAGGGUUGUUUGAGGUUAUGGAAGACUUGCAAGGUAUGGGAGAAAGUAAUUGCUCUUGGAAUAGAAAACCUCUGCUACACAGGGAUACAAUGUUGGCAGCUGCAGCAAUAUACCAAGAGAUGUAUGGCAAUAGUGAUGGCUCAGUACCUGCCACUUUUCAGAUCUUCUACAUGAUUGGAUGGAAAUUCCACGAGUCACAGGCAAAACCUGCACAGAGAGGUUCUGCGACAGUUUCAUUGGGAGAUCUGGCAAAAAUAGAUAAACUUCUUCAUCAGAAAUAAAAGUGGGUUUUGAGCUCCUAUAAAA